CCUCAGACUUCCUCUUCCCUUUCGUCUUUUUAGCUACCUACUCGUUUAUAUAUUAAACAACGGUAUAAAUUUUGUUCGUUUCUUAUUUGAUUAAAAAAUAUUAUAAAACUAAAUAAAAAUACUAAGCCAACCAAUUGAAACAAAAGCACGUGUGACGAUCAUUUUUAGAAAAAGAUGAAACUUCGAAUGCGAUUUGGAAGAAAGUGUAAUAUUUUCUAGAGUGAACACGAAUUAUUAUGAUACUAAAGAUUGUGAUAAUAUGUUUAGUUGUAAUUUUUGCGGCAAGCGUAUUGUUUUAUACUGAACAUUUGUACUUGAACAUUUUUAAAACCCGUAAGUACAUUAAUAUAGUAUUUAAUAUUGUUUAAUUAAUUUUAUAUUUAUUCAUAGGUAAUACAGUAUUGCAUAUGAUUUAUAUAAUAUUCAUAAUAUUUUUAUAAUUAAUUAAUAAUAUAAAAGUAGGUAUUUUUUAUAUACGCUUAGUUAGGUAUAUAUAGAAAGUAUAUAUAUAAAAAAUAUAAAAAAAAAACUAUGAGUCGUUCUAUUUAAAUAUUUGUAUAAUGAAAGUAUCGUAUACGUUUAUUUGACUUAUUAAAUUAUACAAAUAUUUUAAAAUCAAUUGUAGUUUAAGUACUGUACUUAUAGUACUUCAUGACAAUAUUACACACUUAUUCUACUUGGUGGUCCAUUUAUCAUAAACCAGCAAUUUCAUCGGGGAUUUUUGAAUGUGAAUUUGAUUUCUUGCUUUUUUUUUCUUUCAAUCCAUAUAGAAUUGUUUAGGCUUUAUCAAAAAUGGUUUUCUGCUAUAAUGCCGAGUGAUAAGAUAUGACGUCGAAUAAAUACUGACAUAUUUAAUACUAAUCAAUAAUAUUUAUCCUAAAUUUAUAUUAAUUUGAUGCAAAACCAGCUCGAUUCGUUCGUGUCAUAUAAUAUUUAUAUCAAGAAAAAUCGAAAACAACGGAAAAUAGAUACAAUAUUAAACAAAUAUUGUUAAAGAAAAUAUAUAAUACCUAUGCAAUUAUUUUACCAUAAUAUGACAUGUAUAUUAUUGACAAAGUAACAUUAUUAACCAAAUUCCGCUCAGAAUCGUUUUUCGUAAAGCAAUAGUUUAUCGUUCCUUACAGAUAUACAUUAAAUUUCCCCUGUACUAACUUCCAAACUUCUCACCUACAACAGUGGUCAACACGUGCGAAAUAUGUCCAUACUUUUACUAAACCACUAUAGUCUAAAAAAAAGAUACUUAUAACAUACUUUGCAUGAUGGGGGGGGGGGCACUGUUAUAGGUGAGAAGUUGAGAAGGUAGAAUAUAAAGGGGAAUUUUAUGUAUAUUUAUUCCAAACGAUAUAAUUGCUAACGGAAAACGAUUCUGAGCAGAGCUUAGUUAAUAUAGUAUUGCCUUUUUAAUAAUGUAUAUGUCAUAUUAUAAAGUGAUAUAUAUGAAAGGAAAUCUGACUGCGGUGAUACUUUAGGGAAGUUAUUUUUCGAUUUGCUCAGAAUUUUUCUCAAUAAAUAGCAUGAAACGGGGUAAUGUAUAAAAUGUAGGUAUUAGUUAAAAAAUAUUACGGCCUUCUUUUUUCCUGUGAACAAGUUUUCUAUCAGCAAUUUUGCUUCAAUUUAUAAUGAUAGAACUUUUUCUGAAACGAAAUAUGAUUGGAAAGGUACUUUAGGGAAGUUAUUUUUAAAAUUUCUCAAGAGUUUUCCUAGAAAACGUAAAAAAACGACAAUAUAUGUCGUAUUAAAAUCAGUGGCGCUGAACUCUGUCUUACAAGUCGGGAGAUUGCCCGACUAAAUUUUUUGGUGGUGGGUUGGUGGUUGCUGCUAGUGGUGGGAAAUAUACAUAGUAUGAGUAGUAUUUGCAGAAAAUUUAACUAUAACAAAUAACACUAAAAGUAAUGUAAUAUAUUACACUCAAAAAAGAUCAAUAUAAUACAGUAUUAUACAAUGAUAUUUAUUUGUGAACAACUUUUACAUUAAAAAUUUUACUCCGAUUUUCAAGUGUAGCACUUUUUCUGAAAAAAAAUCUGAAUAGGGUGAUACUUUAAGGAAGUCAUUUUUUUAAAUUUUUCAGCUGUUUUCGUAAUAAAUAGGAAAAAACGUCGGAAGAAUGAGAAAAUUUACGAAAUGUAUUGUAUUAUUUUUGUAGAAACUUAAAAUUGGACAGAAAACUUAUAUUUGCUUUUUCUAUGUGUGGUAAAAUUUUCAAAAAAUUGUAGCUCUUUUUGAGCUAUUUGUUAUAUAAAAAAUUUAUUAAAUCAAAUUUUAAUGACAUUCGUAAAUAUUACGGUCUAAUUUGUAAAUAUUACAAUUGAACACUAUUAAUCGAACUCCGUUCAGAAUAGUUUUACGUUAGCAAUGGGUUAUCGUUGUGUGUACAGAUAAUAUACUUUAAAUUUCCUCUUUAUACCUUCCCAACUUCUUACCUACAUCAGUGGCCCACCAAACGCACGAAGUAUGUCCGCAUCUUUUUUUUAUUUUUAAAAUACGAUUUAUAAUGAAUAUUAUUUUGUUACAUUUUCAAGCAUAGCUGUACAAUUUCAUCAAUAGAGUACCUACCAUAAAACAAUUACGUAAAAAACUUUCAUACGUAAAAUGUGUAUUACUAUAUAGCUCAAAAAUAUAUAAAUAGCUUUUAAUAUUUUACUAUGUCUAGACAAAAAAAAAACAUAAAAUUUCUGUUCAAAUGUUUAGUCUUUACGAAUAUUUGUACUUGAAUAAAAAAAAAAGACGGAAAUACUUCGCACAAUGGGCGGGCUACUUUUGUAGUUGACAUUUUGGGAAGAUAGUGGGAAGAUUGAAUGUAUAUGUACGCGACGAUUAACCAUAGCUUACGUAAAACGAUUCUGAGUGGGGUUUGGUUAAUUGUGUUAUUUUAUGAACAAUAUAUAUAUAUAUAUAUGUUAUAUUAUGUUAAAAUAAUUAUGUGUGCAUUGUUUAUUUCCUUUAAUAAUAUUUGUUUAAUAUUGUACCAAUUUUCACGUUUUUCCUACGUUUUUUUUUCCUGUUUUCCUAUGUUCUUUCCUGAGAAAAAGGUGCUAUAGUUUUCUCGUAAAUUCCACACUUUUAUCGCGAUAUUUUCGAAAAAUAUUUAAUAAAUAGGUAGGUAGUACCCAAGCAUGACCGUAGGAUAAAAUCCCAGAGCAAAAAGUUUUGUUCUAGGAAUAUUUUACAUUGUUAUGGUGAAAUGGUAUGCUAUUAGGCAUUAUAUAAGUAUAAGUAUAAGUAUAUAAAGAUGAAAAUCACAGGGGGGCAAUGGCCCCUUUUGCUCUCUCCUGUGGGCGCCUUUGGUAGUACCUAGUUUAUUAGGUACCUAUUUUAAAUGUAUUUCUUCUAAAUAUAAUACGUAUUCAUUAUUUAUACUUUUUAAUAUUGAUAAAAUAAUUAUAAAUUCCUUAUAUCCUUUCUGUUCAGUAAUUUACAGAUUUGUAUCGUUAAAAAAGUUUAUUAAUUAUUACCAUAAUAAUACAAUAAAGUAUAUGUUUAGGAUGGUAUUUUUAUGUAAAACAAUAAUUUUGACAAAAAAAUCAAUUUUUUGAAAAUUUGUUUAGGCACCUAGACCUAUUAUUUUGACUAAAAAAAAUUCUUAGUUGGUUUAGUUUUCAAGCUUUUAUGAUUAAAAUAUAAAUAUAUAAAUAUAAAUAAUAAGUGUAUAAUUUAGGUAUAAUAAUAAUAUUAUAGUUAACAAAACAGGUUUGAAAAAAAAUGUUUAGAAGGAAAAAAAAAUAGUUGUCACUGAAACAAAUAUAGUAAGAAAUUAAUCUUAAGAAAAAGAAAAACACAUAAAUCGCUGAAAUUAGAAAUCUAUAUAUAUAUGACUAUUUUUUUUUUUAAAUUAUUGGGACAUCAAAUACCUAUAAUGAUUUUAUUAAGGUACAAUAAUGCCGCAAUAGUUUUAUUAAUUAUUGUAUUUUCGAAAAACUGCGUCUGAAUGAAUUCGUACUACGUAUGUAGGUAAUAUAAUUAUUACAUUUUCUUCAUUUUUAUACUCGUACAGUCCAUUAAGGAGCUCCUCUCUAUAUCUGUCUCUGUCAUAGAUAUAUUCUAUUGUCGUUCCUUGAUUUUGGUUAAUUUUAAUAAGAUCUGACUUCACCCAAUUCAGUCUGAUAGGAUGUCCCCUAGGCCCCAGAUUUUGAAUAAGUUCAGUCUCCCAGUAAAAAUAUUGUUAUUUAUAUCUUCAGAUCACCACAUAAUAUAUCUAGCCUAUUCUAAUUUGUUGGUUUUCAGAUACACAUUGAUAUGUUAUGUCAGAUAUAUAAUCUAUACAAAUACCAUGUUUAGAGAACUACACGAAACUUUAUCUUAAGUUAUAUAAUCAUAAGAUUGUUCCGAUAAAUAGAUUAGAUUUUUUUAUCAAUACAAAAAAUGCGUCCUUUGUGUCUUCCUUACCUAUCUUCUAGGUAUAAACAAUCAAAAAUAUUUUUGUAUGCGGCAAAGAUAACUAAACACAUAGCGGGCACUCUGCAUGCCCGCUAUGCAAAACUACAAUUUUAUUCCAAUCUUGGUGCAACUUUUCACACAUGAUAUACAAAACAAGAGAGAGAUUGCUGUCUACUUUUAUGUGGAAAUAUAACCCCUUAAGGGUAGCUUACAAUUGAUAUUUUAAAGAGAAAAAUAUUGUUAUUUUUUGUUGAUUUCUGGGUAUCCUUUUUGACACAAAUGAAAUAAAAAAAAACAUUGAUAUUUAACUUGGUUGUUAUAGACAAGGAGUAUCAUUUCUAAAGGAUAAAUUACUGGGUCGCAAAAAUUAUCAAGUGAAUAUAGGGUAAUUAAGAUUCAGCUAUGAUAUACUGUAUAAAUUCAUAUGAAAGGCUGUAAUAUUUACGAUUUUCGUUAAAAUUUAACAACAUUUUUUUUUCCCACAAGUACGACUUAUAAUUUAUCAGGAGUUAAAUUUGUAAGUAUUUAUGUUUAGUCUAACAAUUUUAUUAAUUACCUACCGAAUAGAAAUCAUGUAAAAAAUCGCAAAAUACAAAUGUCUAUACAGAGCUCAAAAAUAGCUCAAAUGUUUUUAAAAUACAUUACUAUUUCUAAAAAAGACAAAAUUUAAUUUUUUUCCGAAUUUCAAGGCUUUACAAAUAUUUUUAAUUGAAAUACAACAAAAAAAUAAAAUUAGAAAUAAUAAAUUUUAUAUAUUUUCCUGUUUAACGUUUUUAUCCGGGUUUUCACAAAUUUUUUGAAAACUGCUUGGAAAACCAAAAAAUAAUCUCCUUAAAGUACCUAGUAUAUUUAAAAUUUCGUUUCAGAAAAGGUGCUAUACUUCAUAUAUGGGAGCAAGACUUCUGUUACAAAAGUUGUUUACUACAGUAAAAAAAGAAAAAAAACUGAUACUGUUUGAUACAGUAUCAUUGGGAAUUGGGUACAACCACAGUUGUAGGUGAAAAAUUGGGAAGGUAGGAUGCAUGAGGUUAUUUAAUUUAUGCAACCAUAAACCAUUGCUAACAAAAAAAAAUUUGAAGCGAACUUCGGUGAGACAUAUUUUAAAAUUUUUACUAUUUUCGUUAAAAUUUGAUCUUUAAACUCUUAUGAAAAAAAAAAACGGAUGCAUUAAACUCAAAUUAGAUUUCUACACAACUAAUAAUAUACUCUGUGUUAAAUUAUAAAGCAUUUUUCUUAAGUCAUAUAAUUUAAAUAACAGAUACAUACCAAAUAAAAAUACAUAUAAAAACAGGAACAUAUCAAAUACCUAUAAAUAGCCUAAAAAUAGCUUGAAUGUUUUGAUAAUUUUACCACAUAUAUAAAAGAUAAAUAUAAGUAUUUUGUGAUAACUAUAUAGAUACAAUAAUUUUUAACCGAAUAACAACAAAAAAAACCAAAUUCUGUACACUUUACUGUAUUUCCUACGUUUUUUCUCGAUUUUUCGUAUUCAUUAGUAAAACUAUACGAAAAAUCAAACAGCGACUUUCUUACUUACAAACUAGUCAACAUUUUCUUUGAGAAAAUAUGUUAUUCAUGAAAUUUGGACAAAAAUUGCUGGUAAAAAAAUACAAUCUUCAAAAAUUUAAAAUAAUGAAAUCGUCGCGCCGUAAUUUGAAAAAUCGUAUUUUUCGUCUUUUAUGAUUUUUCCUUAUUUCUACGAAAGCUGCUUUAGAUAUCAAAAAAUGAAUUUCUUUACCUAUUACUAGCUAUAAAACAAAUAUUAUCGAUAUCUUGUCAUUUUUUGAUUAGUGCAAUAUUUCUGAUAAAAAACAUAAAUUACAAACAUUAAAAACAAUGAAAUCGGUAACGUCGUGUCGUGUUGCAAAUAUUUGCCGUUUUAUAUACAAUUUUACCUAUAAUUUAAGAAAAAUACAAAAUACACACCACAUAGUAAAUCCAAUAGAUCCCUCUCUACGCUCCGAAUCUAAAAGAUACAGCUACCAAUUAAUAUCAAAUUGUAAAUUAUAAAAUUAAAAUAUAAAUAUAAUAUAAAUUAUAAAAUAUUAAAUUUACCAAUUUAACAAUUUUGCAUAUAAAUAAGAUCGUGCGAUAGGCCAGUGACGUAUUUAAAGAGGAAGUUACGUAGAUAUAUUAUUUCUCCCCUUGACCUAAUUUUAGUAUCUAUUAUUUUCAUAAUUUACCAUUUUUUUUUUUUUUUUUUUUAUAUAAAUUUAUUUAUUUUAUUCGGAAAAUCAAAAAUAUGUUCUUAAAAACACACUGGGAUAGACAUGAUAAUGAUCGUAUUAGAAAUUUUUUUGUAAGCAGAAUUAUUACAACGUACCCACACGUUAUCAAUUGUGUGUCUUAAAAAGUAUGUCAGCUUUACAUUCGAUAACUCUGUCCUUAUUUUAUUCACUCUGUAUACUCUACAUUAUUUUACCUACUUACAUUUAAUAAGAAUCGAUACGGUCUGUGCGUGGGUAUAGUUACUGACAGAACAAACCCAAGGAAACCGUUUCGGAACAAGUCACGUAUCUCUUCAUCAACGAUAUACUUCCAUAUUAUUUUUCGUUGGUAGUUUGUUGAAAAUAAAAUUCUUGAUAUUUAACAACACUAUAUAAUAUAUCAUUUGAAUAAGUAAUGUUACACAGUGACAGAUUUCAGAGGGUAUAACGACAUGAACCCCCUUUUCUUAGAAAUUAUUAAUUAUAAUUCAAAUUAAAAGAUAUAUAGUGCUUAUACUAUUCAAAAUAUAUUGACUAAAAACAUCGAAUAUUUCUAUAGUAAAAUUUCAAUUAAAAAAUGAAUGAAUCAAAUUUUUGUUGAGUUUCAAUGAUUUGUUUUAUGAUAAAAGUGUUGUAAAUUUACAUUAAUAAAUUUACCGUUUUAAAUUUAACAGAUUUUUAAUUUAAAAAAAAAAUUCCAAUAGAAUUAAAAUUGCUUGCUUGGUUGUAAAUUAAUGACAAGUUAUAAAACCCGUCUUCAAAAUUUAAAUACUUUUACAAGUGUCGUGUUUAAAUAGUAUAGGAAAGCUCACAUCUAUUCUAAAAAUACUUAUUCAAAAUUAUGAAGACAAUUUCAACCUGCAAGUCAAUUGUAAAACUGUAUAGAGUAAUAUCUAAGCAUUUGUAUAUCAUGUUUCUUAUAAAUAGACAAAUUCUUUGUUUGGCUUUCAAAAACUGAAACGAAAAUUACAUUAUUUGAUUCAAAAAGCAUGUUUAUCUUCAAAAGUUAAUAUUUUCUAAAUGGAAUUUUAAUAUUGGAAUUAACUUGCUACAUUUUGCCAUAUGAAUAAAUAAAUGAAAUUCGAAUUAACAAUUUCUAGAGCAGAUUGCGGGUAUAUUUUAUGUAGUUUUUGUGCAUUGUCAAUACCAUGAUCAUAUAAACGCGCGUAAGCUUAUUAUAUUUGUGCGGCACCUAACUAUACCAUAUCUGUAGUAAAUAACAAUUGAACUUCGUUUUCAAACAAUUCGAUUUGGUACUUUAAAAAUUAAAUUGUUGUUUUGCAUACAUUUUACAACAGACCACGAUAUCAAUUAUGAAAAAAAAAAUGUAUCUAAAAUGUUAUUUAUUCCCAUUUUGAAUAAAUUUCUAAAAAUGUAUCCUAUAAAUAUUGAAUGAAAUUUUAAAAUAUAAUAUUUCAAGAGUUGUCUAUAUCAGUGGUUUUCAACCUGGGGGGAACGUACUUCUAGGGACAUAGGCUUGCGCACAGGGCGUGCCAGGUCUGCCUGGGCACUACCUGAAAAUUUUAUAUAAACAUUUUUUUUGCUAUUAUAUUGCGAUAAUAUGACAACAGUAGGUACAUGUUUUAUAUUUUGUGAAAUUGUCAUCGCUUUUUUUUUCCUUUAGAGGACGCCAUACCGACAUCUACUGUCUGUGUCUUACAAACGCGAGACAUAGCAAAUUUGCACUCAGUAGGACAUAUUUUGUGCUGUUAGUUUUAAUAUUAAAACAAAUUAACUUAUUACCAAACUUAAAGGUAAGAAGAUUAUAUAAUAUGCUCUAGCGUUGAUGUUUUGUCGAUAUUUGAAUUUUUAAGCAAGAUAUAUAAUCAUUUUUAAAUUGUGAUAUUGAACAUACUCAUGUCUCAUUUAAAAAUAAAAAUAUUCAAUAAUCAUCAAUAGCUAAUUUAUUGUCUUUUUGACUUAAAUUAAAAAGUGUAAAUAAAUUUAAGUAUAGACGGUUAGCUCACGACACACGACGUUAUAGGAAUAAAACGACAUACUGUUAUUACAGAUUAAGAUAAAAAAGAGCUGAUACUGGGAUGGGAGCGGCCCCUGUUGUAGGUGAGAAGUUGGGAAAGUAGGAUACAUAAGGUUAUUUCAUUUAUAUCUGUAGGCAACAAUAAACUAUUGUUUGACGAAAGACGAUUCAGAGCGUAGUUUGGUAAUACAUAAUUUGAAGUGCUGUAAUUUUUUUUUUUUGAUUUUCGUUUAAAUUUAAUUUCAAAACUCUUAUUAAAAAAUAAAAAGUCGUCCGAUAAUUUUGGAAAUUUACCACGUCUAGUUAAGUCCAAUAUAAAUACUAUUAACAAAUUUCAGGUAUCUACGUGUGUUUAUAACCAAAUUAUAGCAAAAAAAACUCCUAAAAAUUAAAAUUUCUUAAAGCUCAAAAGUGGCUCAAAAGUUUUAGCAAUAAUACCGUAAGCAAGUAAAAGGUAACAAAAAAUGUAUCUUGUGAUUUUUUGAUGAAAUCAUUUUUUUCUAGUAGAAAACGUCGUUCGUAUUUUUAUAAAAUAAUGAAAACGUGAAAUUGUAAGUUUUCCUACGUUUUUUCCUGCUUACGUGUUUUUAUUUAAAAAAUGGCGUCAAAAAUCAUAAAAUGACCCUUUUAAAGUACAAUCUAAACAACUUGAACUUUCAGAAAAUUUGCUUUUUCCGUCUGAAGUUGUCUGAAAGUCUGAUUUUGGUUUUGGGAUAUUUUGACGUGUCACAAAACUGCCGUUACAGCGGCCCAAUUGUACUAAAUUAGCCUAAAAUUAUGAAAACAUUUCACAUGCCAAUAGAAAUUUAGGGUGAGGCAAAUGCCCCCACCUACCCCCUUCUCCACUGAAACAACUGUCUAAUAUUAAAAUAACCAACCCGCGAUGAUCAGAAGCAUAUCGAUGAGGCACUAGUGGGCUUAAAUCUGUAUGUUAUGUAAUAAAGUCUGCCUUAAAAUAAUAUGAUUUUAUUAGAACUUAUCGAGACCCCCUAUCCCCCCUCCUGAAUAAAUAUAGUCAAUCUACAUUAAUGUAAUAAUUUAGAUAAAUAUGUAGAUAAAUAGCAGUAUUCAUUUCGAUGUAUACGUACACACAUAAUAGAACACGUCGUAUAAUAAUAAAAUGUAAUAAUUUCGAUUAGAAAAAAUUAUAGGUACUUGUAUAGAUGUGUAUAAUAAAAAUGUUUUUUUUUUUUUUGUCACGCAGAUGAUUUCACGGAUGAAAAUUACGACGUAAACUCGUUUUUAGAGAGAUUGGUUUACCUAGAAAGACAAGAGCACACGGCACAGAUGUGCCAUUUGUUUAAAUCACCAUCAAAGGCCGAUGAAAAUUAUCAGCAAGCGAUUAACGACAGCGUACUCAUGGAACACAUUCUCGUGGACAAUCAUCACAAACUGCUUUACUGCUAUGUACCAAAGGUCAGUUAAAUCGAAUAUAUUACGAAGAGUACACAGUGAAAAUAUUAUUUAUAUUUUUAAAAAAAUAAUUAAAAAUAAUUUUGACGUCAUUCUAAAAAGAAGCGUCAAAGUUUUAUUAUUAUUAUUUUGUUUAAUCUAUAAAUUCGAUUUCAAUAAAAUAAGAAGUCAAAAUACAAUUUGUUUACUUUUUUUUUUUUUUUGGUCCGAAUAUUUUCUAUUAGGUGCAUCGUAAUAUUACAUUAAGAUUAUGGGACCGAAUUUUAAAACCGGGACAAACGGUAUCCGGGUUGAAGUUUGUCGGGACUGAGGGACAAUAGAAAACGAUUCCAAAAAACGGAUAAUCCAGUUUUUAACGGGACCUUUAUGGUCGCAGUACGCCUGUGGCGUGUUGAACAUUUUUCUAUACUUGAGUCAAAACGAAAUAAUUAGUACCGCCCACUCUAUAAACAUGGGGUUUUGUGUGUCCUAUAUAUAAUUUUUUUUUUACAGCGAAAAUCUUAUUUAGCUAAAUUGACGACAUAAUAUAGACUAUAAUAUCCAUAUGUAUAGCUGGUAUAUUAAUAAUACAAUACAUAAAACCGGGGGCGUCUAUCUGAUCAAUGAACUGAUUUCAAUAUUAAUCGACAUUUAUCGUAUUUGGUCACCGAUCCGCCCACCCAUUUAGGUCACGAGACAAUCGCCUCAAAAAAAACCUACUUUGAUACGCCACUGCAGUGCACUAUAUCGUUUUGUUGUAUUACGGCAUGUGUGCAUUAUUUUCUCGCAGGUUGCGUGCACCAACUGGAAACGGGUGUUCAUGGUGCUGUCGGGCGGCGAGACCGCGUCUGCCGACUUGUCGCAGAUUCCUGCCGACGUGGUGCACAAGCCGGGCACGCUGGACCGACUGAGUGAUUACCCGGCCGCGCGGGCCGCCGAAAUGCUGAGCACGUACACCAAGUUCCUGUUCGUUCGGCACCCGUUCGAGCGGCUGCUAUCCGCGUACAGGAACAAACUUGAACAACGGCACGACAGCUCCCGGUACUUUCAGUCCCGGUUCGGGCGGCGCAUCGUCAAGCGGUACCGGGCCAAUGCCACCGAACGGGCGCUCCGGGACGGUGACGACGUGACGUUCGCCGAGUUCGCCGGGUUCGUGGCCGAUACGCGGGACACAGUGUUCAACGAACACUGGGCGUCCAUCGACAGACUGUGCCGGCCGUGCGCUGUCAACUACGACUUCAUUGGCAAACACGAGUCCCUGUUCCAGGACUCGGACUUUCUGCUCAAGCACGUGGCCGGAGUGUCCGACGUCCGAUUUCCCAAAGGCCCGGACACCAACACGUCCACGCAGCUGGUCAAGUAUUUUACCCAGCUGGACCACAACACCAUUCUGCGGCUAUACAGUAUAUUCGAAUGGGACUUCAAACUAUUCAAUUACAAUUUACAAAAUAUACUUGGCUACGAAGUAGGCUAACUGUGCCUCGGUGACCAUGUGCGUUUUAAAUCGCAAAAAUUCGAAUGCGCGUGAUUUUGGAGCAAUGUUGAUACAUAUUACCCGUAUAGAUAUUAGAUAUAUUCUUCGCGGUAUUCUUGGAGCACAACCUAUCGAAACUGAUUUUUUUUUAUGUAUAUAAAUUAUUAUAGUCAUACGAAACGUAUUGUUAUUGUGGGGCUGUGAAUCAGAUACACUAAACAAAUGCCUUAAAAAUAUAUUUAACUUCCGAAAAAUAAAUACAUUGAAAAUAUGAUAAAAACGCGAUAAUCAUUACAAUGAGGUACCUAAAUAACUCUGUGGGUAAAAUAUUUUGAAUUCGGUACCAUUUUUUGAAAUUUAAAUGAAAAUGAUUUGUUCUUUUUUUUUUUUUAUGUAUUUAAAAAGUAUUGAACCUCAUUUUAACAAUUUUUAGACUUCAGACCUCUGUGUAAUUGUGUAAUACGAUCAACAGCAAACGAAUGUUGUAUACAAUUUCGAAAAAAACAAAAAACAAUGGAAUAUACCGUAUAGUUUAAAAGUGAAUUUAUUGUAUUGUAAAUUAUGCGUUUUAUUUUGUACUACAUAUGUAUUUACCCUGUAAUUAGCUGAAAAAAAUUACAUUUGAUACGAAUUCAGAACCCUAAUGAUUAUUAUAGUAUUCAGUUUAAUAUUACACUUUAAUGAACCUCUGCCGUUUAUCAUAACGACCCCGGCAGUUGCACAACAAUUUCAGCAACGAAACAUCAGUACCUAUAUUAUUAUAUGAUUUAUGAUAUUAUUAUGCGCCUAACCAAAUAUAGUGUGUUAAUAUAUUAUUAUGCGUGUAUA